AUGGGUUCCAUUAGCAGCCUCAAAGCAACCCUCUCGGACAGCCUGGUCUCAAAUUCGGCGUUUAGAGAGGCAUUUGACAUGGCCAGUUGGGCAACCGAUCGCACAACUCGUCUUAAGAAUGUCGUAAUGGAUGGUGAGCAAAAGCACAGGCUUCGCCGUGUCUUAAACCACUUCCUGACGCCAAGUGUCAAGCCUGUAUUUGUGGAUGAUGAGGAAGAGGAACCCGAUGCCGUUGAUCGGGUUCCCGAUAGUUGGCUCGCCAAGGCCGACGGUAUAUUAAAAAUGCCCUACCGCAUGAUUGAUGUCGAGACGAAGAACAUGGUCCCUACAUACACUCUUGGCAUGCAAGACCAGUAUUGUAUUGUGUCUCAUAGCUGGAAAGGCUCUGAGAUCGGUUACGGAUACUUUGAUGCGGCAAAGAAAUUCGACCCCAAGAAAGACUCCGAGUCCAAUGGCGGAGAAUCCCCGAAUGAUUUAAGCAGGGUCAUCAACAAGUGCAAAGCCGAUAUCAGGGCUUUAGAAGAGAAGAUUAAUUCUGUGCUUCCGACUGUCACCCCAACUGCCGAUGGAAAGCGGCCAGAAGAUAUCCAAACGCUUCUUCAGUGGUACACCGAAGCCAAUACUGCCAGUUAUAGCUUUGGAAGAGCUCAAAAAACCCAUCAUGAUGCCGCGGCUGGUGUCUCGAGCGCCGAAAGAGAGACGGAGUAUUACAAUAAUCUCUGGGGCACUCUCAAUGCCCUCACCACCACAGAGCCUUCCGCCGACAAACCAGACCUCGCUACGGAAGACCCAGGUGUGAAAGAAGUUCGCUUGGCAAUCGAAAGUCUGAAUGAAGAAGCAGAAGAACGACGCAAAAAGGCGGAGGAAAAUCUUACCAAAGCCUCCGAGACUCAAACAAAAUACAAUCCUACAAUUGAGUUCUUUGAAAAGAAUCGCGAGCUGUGCUACGGGAUUGAGCAGCUGCUGGGCUCAUUGCAACAUAUGCGGUCUUCUCGUAAGAUCUCAAAUUCCAUUGACAUUGCCAAGGAACUAUUUGAUACCCACUUUCUCCGAGGAGGAAAGCGGUAUGUGUGGCUCGACACAUGCUGUAUCAACAAGGCGGACGGUGGUGAAUUAACCGAGUCCCUGGCCCUUAUGGGUGAUUGGUAUGAGAAUGCCGAUUUCUGCCUCGUACAUGUUGACACUCCCCGCUGUGAUGAUACGUGGAUUGAAGAGUGGAAAGAGUGGAAGAACCCAAAUUACAAUGCUGUCCCCGAGAACAUGACGAGCUUUGACCAAAUUGGCGCCAUUGGAGCCAAUGCCGCUGAGAGAGAACAGUUCCGGAUCGAGUGGGCGACGCGUGGAUGGACGUUGCAAGAGCUGGUGCUAAGUAAGGUGACUUACUAUGUGAAUUCGCACUGGAAUAAGUUGGUGAGGCCAGUCGAGGCUAUCGGCCCAUUUUAUUUCCUUCAACCCUUCCUCCAACAGUUCUUCAUCCACCCAUUUGUGGUCAAUCACAAUGAAAUUUCCUCCGAUCAGAUGGAGGCACUCAAGAAACUUCUUUACCAGCCCUCUUCCAAGGAUGGGAAGCCUUUCCUUGACGACGGGAUGUCCCCAGAACAUCAGCUUUCCGUCAUGCUUCAAAUCCUAGGGUUCUAUCCGCCAAAUGGCAUCAAACCGAAAACAGCAGAGGCCCAAAUUGGCAAAGCAGUCCUUGACGCCGCUGACCGGCUGCCUGUUGUUUUGAAUGAUUUGAUGCCUAAUUACUCCGAGACUCGUUGCCUGUCAAACCUCUCUGCUGCUAAGGAGCAUCAAAACAACAGAGUGGCCGUAUUCAUCCACCUAUUACGUCUUCUGAGAGCUGCCACAGACACCACCAUUCUCGAGGACAGAAAGGCCAUUGCGGAAUUCAGCAAGAUUAACAGCCUGACCAAUUGGAUCUAUGGCCAUGAUUUCAUGGAUUCGUCCGCCAGCACUUCUCUUGUCACUGCAGCAGAGCGAGUCACCACAGUUGCUACCGACCAAGCAUACUCCUUGAUGGGUAUUUUGGGAGUCCGAUUCCCGGCCUUCCCUGCGGAAGGUCUUCCUAAAGCCUUAGCCCGUCUUUUUGAUGAAGUUGUGAUCUCAUACAACGAUGUCUCAGUCUUCAACUGGUUUGGAAAACACCAUGGCAGCCCUCUCCAUGGACGAUCGCUGUACCCUGCCAGCAUCGAAGCAUUUGUGGACCCGGGCACCAACGCGAAUAUCAAGUCACGAGCCUACGCCAACCAGCGAAUUCUCAAGUCCUUCCGAGCACAGCGUGUGCGCCAAAGUGAAACAGCUUCCAAUGUCAACAUGUUGCUGGCCGAGAUGCUGGGUCUCACAAAGAAACUGCCGAACGAAUGCUCGGUGUUCAAAAGCCUGGGUGUUCUCGCUGCCAAGAUUAAAGAAACCAGCUUUGACAACCUGGAGGCCCGUCUCGGAAAUCUAGCCAAGGUUGUUGAGAAGCUCCGAGAAUUUACACCUGAAGAUGACACUCCGGGAGCUACAAGCCCUACUGGCCUGGACCGAGUUAACUCGUUAGCUGAAUCGGUUCGCUCGGCUAAGUUCGAGGUGCCCAAGUUCGAGGUCCCUAAAUUCGAAGUGCCUAAGUUUGAAGUGCCCAAGAUGUCCUUCGGAAGAAAAAAGGCCGCUCCCACCCCAGUCGAAGAAAAGAAACUGGAGGAGGGCCCUCCAACCCCGGUGCCAGUCCCAGAGGCCCCUGUCGAUAAGUUCCAGGUCUUGAAUGAUUGUAUUGAAGAGACCAUCGCUGUCCUUAAUGACAGAGAUGCUCCGAUUACAGAAUCAAGCAUGAUCUUGCCCUUGGCCGCGAAGCCCGACACAUCCAGCAUGAUGAGUCAAAACAACGGCGUCGACCAGGACUCAGACAAACGCGAGAAGAGAAUGGUCUGCCCCAACCCAAUCACCGUGAGCAGUGGUGGUAUUCGUGGUAUCUUCGAUAUCCAACGUGUGGUGGUCACCAUGCUGGAGCCCCAAAAGCUGCGUUCUCGAGUCCGGACCGCUGUCAGCGGCCAGAAGAUUGACGGAUGGUGCACCGUCAGCACCGGUCUGUCGAUGGCCCUGGUCUCUUUCUCCUGUGAGCGCGACGCACUCCAAACACAGCUCGAUUUAUCAGAGGUCAUCAACAAGACCAUCGAUCCAGAUGUGUCUCCCGCCGACGGCGACAACCCGACACCCGUCCAAAAGGAUGGACAAAAGCAGACACUCCGCAGCCAACUGCGCCUGGAGAAGACCCGCGAAAAAAUCCGAGUUGGCCGCAUGAUUUCCUUCGUGCAGAAGCCCAACCUCGACGGCGUUGCCGGAGAGUGGGUGCUGGCUCGAUUCUCUGGGGCCCCAGGAGCCAAGUGGUUCCUAUGUCUCCUGGAACUGGGAGCCGGAAACGAUUUCUAUGGACGCCGUAUUCCCACUGAUGCCUUUAGCUUCGAGGACGCUGCUCCCGAGCAAGGUUUGACGGAGUACUGGCACCAGUUUACCACGGAGAAGAAGGCGCGAACUUGCGAUACGCUGGAUAUGUAUCUCAAUCGACAGAAGAUGUGGAAGAAUGCUGGCAAGAAUAUGCAUGAGAUGCAGAACAUGCAGCAUACGCAGCAGAUGCAGGAGUCGCAGGCCAAGGGUGAGAAGGACCACCUCGACUGGGAUAUGGCGAUGGAUAUAAUGCAGAAUCUCUCUUUGGAUACUUUGGAGAAGACCAUCAAUUUGGGUAAGAUGACGGGUUAUGGCAUUGGAGGCCUGGGCGCUGAACUUUGGGCCCUGCAUCUGGAAUCUCGCAUUGAGAAGUGUGCUUUGAAACGUGUGCCCAUCGCCUUGCGAACACCUGUCAAGGAUCUCGAUCACAACAGGAAAUUGCUACCUGCCAUGUUCCAUGCUGGUCGUGAGAUGCAUAUGUUCUAA